AUGUUGUCUCCAGAGGUAGUCACUCACACCCAGGACGCAAAGCACAACACCCUUGGGGGGACGACAACUUGCUGUCCGCCUCCUAAUCAGUCACUCGCACAGGAGCCCUCGAACAAAGCCGCGGAGGGUCAACUGAGCUUGGUCAUGCCUCCUGCUUACCUACACAACCAACUCGUGCCAUCUACCCUGAAGGAGAGCGACAAAGCCGAGAAUCUGACGGGGCCAGGAACUACGCUCACCUUGAUGCAGCGAGACUUCAUCGCCGAGAAGGAGAAAGUGAUACUUGCACUUGCUCGGGUCGAGCAGUGUGAGGCACAAGUGGAGAGCUACAUGCUGUUCGUGGGUAGCAAUGAUGGCGUCGUGACGGCACUGAAAAACACCAUAAGUGAGUUAGCUCAACGAUCGAGAGCCCUUCACACCAGCAUCCAGGAGAAGCGUAUACUCGAGCGAGAAAUCCAGCAGAUCCUGGGAACGGCUAGAGAGGCUGAGCGAAAGUCUUUUACGAGCCAAAAGGGCCUUGUCGACCGUCAGAAGAAGCAUUCAGAGGCACAGAAAGCCCUAACCACGGCGCUUACUUCGUUCCUUGCUAUGGGCAUCAAGUUACUUGAUGUCAAAGAGGCAGGAAAAGCUGCCGGAACUGUGCCUGACAGCUGGAAGGACCACGAGUUGAUACGUUUGACACAGAGGAUCAAGGUCCUGGAGAUGUUGAUCGACAAAGUUGAGGCAGCUCUUCCUUCCUAA